CCCGUCAUCAUCGUCCCCGGCGACGGCAGCAACCAGCUAGAGGCGAAGCUCGUCGACAAGCCCGCGACGCCCCACUGGUACUGUUCCAAGAAUGCCGACUGGUACCGAAUCUGGCUCGACGCCACGGAUCUGGUCGCGACGACGGACUGCUGGUCCGACAACAUCAAGCUCGCCCUCAACGGCUCCGCGUCGCGGAACAUGCCCGGCGUGUCGACGCGCGUGCCGUCCUUCGGCUCCACGGAGGGCUUCGAGGAGUUGGACCCGGCCAUUCCGUUCAAGGGCUCCGCGGCCUUCAGCGCCAUGGUCGAGGCCCUCGUGAAGGAGGGCUACGAGCGCAACUCGACGCUCCGGGGCGCGCCCUACGACUUCCGCUACACUCCUGACGUCGAUCUGCCGUCGAUUGGCGACGAGACGCCGGCGUUCACCUCCACCUACGUCGCCGCUCUCCAAGCUCUCGUCGAGGAGACCGUCGACGCCCAGGGUCGCGCCGUGCUCGUCUCGCACUCCAUGGGCGGCCUGCAGACUCUCUACUUCCUCAACGCGAUGACGGACGCCUGGAAAGAGACCUACGUGGAAAAAUGGAUCAUGAUCUCCGCGCCGCUCGCGGGC